AUGGCUUCCCGAGAAGUGAUCAUCGCGUCUGACGACAGUGACACCGAGGAGGACCGAAGCCCGCAGAACAAAUUGGCGGCGGAAUACAAGCAAAGCAGCAGCUCGCGCAAACACAAAAAACACAAGCGGCACAAAAAGUCAUCGAAAUCGGAGAAAGGGGACAAACAGCACAAGCCAAAAAAGCAUAAAAAACACAAACGGAAGCAUCGCGGUGAGGAUGAGGAGGAAAGCAGUACCGAUGGUGAACUUGCUCGAAACGGUGCGCCUGCUGAAUCAUCCCGAAAGGUUGAACACGCAUCACGCGUUAAACAACCGGUCGAGGGCGAUGGAGAUGGUGAGGAACGGGUGAGAGGAAGCGACCAAACGGGACGUUCGAAGAACAAUGGCAGCGCGAAGGUUGCGGUUGAGAAGCGUAAAGGUCACAUUUCUACCGAUCCUGAUAAGCUGGUGCAAAUGUUAACCCAAGAUCUAGAAAAGCGUAAGGAGGACGUAGUUUCGGUGGAAAGUGAGAGUGAUGGGACCGCGGUGGAAGAUGCACCCAGCCCGGAUGUUGCCGUCAUCGAGGACGACGAGCUAAACUUGGAAGAUCUGAUGCGACAGAAAGCGCUGCUGCAGGCACGCCUCGGUGAGUAUGCAACUGACGAGGAGGACGAUGGGCUGGACAAGAUGGGAAGGACGGAUUCGAACACCCGGGAGCGUCCUGUCAAGAAGAAGCGCGUUGAAGCUGGCGAACCUGCAGUCAUCACCAUCGAUGGAGAUUCGACACCGGACGUAAACGAACAGGUACGCAAGAAAUCGACCAACGCGGUUUGCCGUACUUCGAAAGGUGGCAAAGACGAUCUUCAAGGAUCGGGACACAGGGGAACGAAUGCGGAAGUGGACAGUAAGAAGGCGAAGGACCAUUCGUCCGAUGCACGAGCCCGACAGCUGGAACGGGAUCGUGAUCGCGAGCGAGAGUUGCGUGCCAGAGAAGAGCGGCGCAACAGAGAGGAGGACAACUACAAGCGACGCAUGGCGGAAGAACGGUACGAGCGGGAGAAAGCCCGGGAAAGGGACCGGGAACGUGAUCGGGAACGGGCACGCGUCCGUCAACGGGAGCGUGAUCGUUCGCUGGAAAGACGACGUGAUCGACGCGGAUAUUCGCCUCGUGAUAGAAGCCGAGAGAGACGGUCGCUUGAGCGCGAUCGUGGUCGUGGCGGUGCUAUCGAUAGGUUUGGUUCGCGUGACCGUUUCCGUGGCCGUAGCAGGAGCCGCGAUCGCGACAUGCGCGGGCCUGGAGGUAGAAUAGAUCGGGAUAGGGAUGGCCGUGGACGCGAUAGGGACCGGGAUCGAGACUAUGGUCGCGGUAUGCAACGGAAUGGGCGCGAUGGACGUGGCGGUGGAAGAGGGCGAAAGGUGGACGAUGAUCGGUUUAAAGACUCUCUUAGCGAAGGUCUUAAGCAGCAGAAGGAAUCGAGCAGCGAAAGCGAAAUGGGUGACAUCGACAUUGACGACGAAGAAGACGAGGAAAAGAUUAUCGAAAAAAGACGCAAAGAACGCGAAGCCCUGCUCAAGAAACUGGGUGUUGUAAAUGAGGACAGUAACACGAUGACGGAGGUGGUGGAACCACCCGAGCUUAGACAGGUCAGUAUGGGCAGUACGGCGCCGUCAUCGCGAACCGAUAGCCGCGAAGCGACCAGCCAACGCGCGGACGAUCGCGACCGGGAGGGAACAGAUCAGUCGCUUACCCCACCGAUACCGAACGAGCGGAAGGAUCUGAUGGAUAAGGUAGAACGUAAGCCGAAAGAAUCACCCGAACCACCGAAAGAUCUGGACAGGCAGAGUAAGGAACCGAAACAUACUGCGAAAGAAAAUUCUAAACGUCCCGAAUGGGACAUGUUUGCCGAACAGGACAUCGACUCGAACUUCGACUCACCGGGCACGGUUGUGGCCAACAAGCAGGCGCACGAGAAUCCGGCCCUGACGGACAACUGGGACGAUGCGGAAGGUUACUACCGUGUGCGAAUUGGUGAAAUCCUGGACAACCGGUACGUGGUCGCCAACUACACGGGACAGGGCGUGUUCAGUACGGUAGUGAAGGCGAGGGAUCAGGCCCGUGGUAAUGCCUUCGUUGCGGUCAAAAUCAUUCGCAACAAUGAGAUCAUGCAUAAGACAGGCUUGCGAGAAUUGGAGAUCUUGAAGAAACUCAACGACGCCGACCCGAGCGACCGAUAUCACUGUCUACGUUUAUACAGACACUUUUUCCAUAAGCAGCAUCUCUGCAUGGUUCUUGAGCCCCUGUCGAUGAAUCUGCGCGAAGUGUUGAAAAAGUAUGGCAAAAACGUCGGCCUGCACAUCAAAGCCGUGCGCAGCUACACCCAGCAGCUGCUCCUAGCACUGAAGCUGUUGAAGAAGACCGGAAUUCUGCAUGCCGACAUCAAACCGGACAACAUUUUGGUGAACGAGAACAAUCUGGUGCUGAAGCUGUGCGAUUUUGGAUCGGCAUCGUCGAUAACGGAUAACGAAAUUACACCGUACCUGGUGUCCCGGUUUUACCGGGCGCCGGAAAUCAUACUCGGCCUGGCGUACGAUUACGGGAUCGAUAUGUGGUCGGCCGGCUGCUCCAUCUAUGAGUUGUACACGGGCAAGAUCUUGUUUAGUGGGCAGUCCAAUAAUCAAAUGCUUAAAUUUUUCAUGGAUCUGAAAGGCAAGAUACCGAACAAGCUGAUUCGCAAGGGCCAGUUUAAGGAUCAACAUUUCGACCAGAACUGCAACUUUCUAUCGCACGAGAUAGAUAAGAUCACCGAACGGGAAAAGGUCGUGGUAGUAUCAAUGAUAAAACCAACGCGGGAUCUGCAACAGGAAUUGAUCGCCGGACAAAAUCUCCCCGAUGACCAGAUACGGAAAGUGUCGCAACUGAAGGAUUUGUUGGACAAAGUGUUUGCACUCGAUCCGGCGAAACGAAUUUCACUGAACCACGCACUGGCGCAUCCGUUCAUUCAGGAUAAGAUCUAA